AUGGAUAUUGCCAAGCCAGUUGGAUCUCAGAUCGAGUCGGUGGACUUUGGCGUGCUCACAGUGUCUGAUGUGCGCAAGCUUUCUGCCAAACAGAUCACCAAUCCUACUGUUUUCGAUAACUUGGGACAUCCUGUGCCUGGAGGUCUUUAUGAUCUGAGUCUCGGUGCUUUCCUCAAGAACUUGUGUGCUACAUGUGGUCUUGACGAUAAGUACUGUCCAGGACACCAGGGUCAUAUCGAAUUGCCUAUUCCUGUUUACAAUCCACUUUUCUUCAACCAAAUGUACAUAUUUCUGAGAUCAUCCUGUCUAUAUUGUCACCAUUUUAGACUCAGAGCCAUGGACGUGCAUAAGUACGAAUGCAAAUUGAAACUCAUCCAGUACGGCCUGCUUUUGGAGGCUCUGGAACUUGACAAUAUGCGCUCGGAAUCCGAGGACGAUGGUGAUGAAGCCAUCGAGGACGACGGUCCCCAGAAGGUCAACACCAAAGCCGACCGUGAUCUGAUGGAAAAAAGACAGCAUUACGUUGAUAUGAGCAUAGCAAAGGCGCUGUCGGACGGACGUACCACCGAGCACGGCGUCAUGACUGCCACCGUCGCAGAAGAAAGAAAGGCCGUGAUCUACGAUUUCUACAAGCGCAUUUUGAGUAGACCAAGAUGUGACAACUGUGGAAUGUACUCGCCAACUUUCAGAAAAGAUGGAUUCUCCAAGAUCUUCGAAUUGGGACUCAAAGAUAAACAGAUCUCCAACAAUAGAAUCAAAGGUCUUCAGAGACACGACAUGUUGAAGAAUGGUUCCAACGGCUCGGAGAAGCCAAAUGGUACUGACGAAUUUGCACAGCCAAAGGAAGGGUCCAAGUAUGUUCUUUCCACAGAGAUCCGUAAUAUCUUGCGGAAAGUGUUUAAGAACGAGCAAACAUUGAUGGAUCUGUUGUUCCAUUCCAAGCCGCUUGGUGGAUCUCCAAUUUCCGCAGACAUGUUUUUCAUCCAUGCUCUGGUUGUUCCGCCAACCAGAUUCCGUCUUCCUUCCAAGCUAGGAGACGAAGUUCACGAAAACUCGCAAAAUGAACUUUUAUCUAAGGUUUUGACUACCUCGCUGAUGAUCAGAGACUUGAACGAGCAAUUUUCCAUUCUGAGUAAAGAGAUUAGUGUGGAAGACCGCAAAAUCACAUUCAACAGAUUGAUGAAUGCCAUCGUGACUCUUCAAAAUGAUGUGAACGGAUUCAUCGACUCCACCAAGAACCAGAACCAAAACAGCAACACUGCUCAUCCUGGUAUCAAGCAAGCAUUAGAAAAGAAGGAAGGUCUUUUCAGAAAACAUAUGAUGGGUAAGCGUGUGAAUUAUGCUGCUCGUUCGGUGAUUUCUCCAGAUCCUAUGAUUGAGACUAAUGAGAUUGGUGUUCCGCCAGUUUUCGCCAAGAAACUGACCUAUCCUGAGCCAGUGACGGUUCAUAACGUUGCUGAGCUUCGACAGGCCGUUAUUAAUGGUCCAGACAAAUGGCCUGGUGCUCUGCAAGUUCAAAAUGAGGACGGUAGUUUGGUUUCUUUGAUCGGUAUGAGUUUGGAGCAGAGAACGGCUCUCGCUAAACAAUUGCUUACUCCUUCCUCUGGGUCUGCAGUUGUCAACAAGAAGGUUUACCGUCACAUCAAAAACAACGAUGUGGUGAUCAUGAACCGUCAGCCAACUCUUCAUAAAGCAUCCAUGAUGGGUCACAAGGUCAGAGUUCUUCCUGGAGAGAAAACCUUGAGAUUGCACUAUGCCAACACCGGAGCUUAUAAUGCCGAUUUCGACGGUGACGAGAUGAACAUGCAUUUCCCACAAAAUGAAAACGCCAGAGCCGAAGCGUUCAAUCUCGCAAACACCGACUCCCAGUACCUUACUCCAACCGCCGGUUCUCCAGUUAGAGGUUUAAUUCAAGAUCACAUUUCUGCUGGUGUUUGGUUGACCAGCAAGGAUUCGUUCUUCACCAGAGAGAAAUAUCAGCAGCUGAUCUACGGUUGUAUCAGACCAGAAGAUGGCCACUCGACAGGAUCCAGAAUCAUCACUGUUCCGCCAGCCAUCUUCAAGCCUCAGCCAAUGUGGACCGGUAAGCAGAUCAUCACCACCGUUUUGCUCAACAUCAAGCCGCAAAACAUCCCGGGUGUGAAUCUGAAGUCGAAGAACAAGAUCAAGAACGAUUACUGGGGCAAUGGCUCUCAAGAGAACGAGGUUUUGAUCCACAACGGUGAGCUUUUGAGCGGUAUCUUGGAUAAGUCGCAAUACGGUGCUUCUCAGUAUGGUUUAAUCCACUCUUUGCACGAGGUUUACGGUGCUACCGUUGCUGGUAAGGCACUUUCUGUUCUUGGACGUCUUUUCACCAACUAUAAUAUGAUGAUGGGUCUGACAUGUGGUAUGGAUGACCUUAAGCUCACAACUGAAGGAAACAAGUGGAGAAACAAGAUCUUGGAAGAAAGCACCGACAUUGGUCGUGUUGCUGCUGCCGAGGUCACGAAUUUGGAAGCAGAUGUCCAGGUCGAUAAUGCUGAGCUAUUGAAACGUUUGGAAGAGAUCGCAAGAGAUGACAACAAGCUUGGUAUUUUGGAUGCUGUGACUCAAUCCAAGGUCAAUGCCAUCACCUCUAAGGUUGUUUCCAAGUGUGUUCCUGAUGGAACCAUGAAGAAGUUCCCAUCGAACGCUAUGCAAGCCAUGGCUCUUUCUGGUGCCAAGGGUUCGAACGUUAAUGUUUCUCAAAUUAUGUGUCUUCUUGGACAACAGGCUUUGGAAGGCAGAAGAGUCCCGGUGAUGGUUUCCGGUAAGACGCUUCCUUGCUUCAAGCCAUUCGAGACCAACGUCCGUGCUGGUGGAUACAUCAAGAACAGAUUCUACUCUGGAAUCCGUCCACAAGAGUACUACUUCCACUGUAUGGCAGGUAGAGAAGGUUUGAUUGACACUGCCGUGAAGACUGCCAACUCUGGUUACUUGCAACGUUGUUUGACUAAGCAGUUGGAAGGAGUUCACGUUUCUUACGACAACACGAUCAGAAACGCUGAUGGAACUUUGGUCCAAUUCCUUUAUGGUGGAGACUCGAUCGAUGUUACCAAGGAGUCGUACAUGCACCAGUUCAAGUUCUUCUUGGAGAACUACAACUCUCUGCUUCAAAAAUACAGUCCUUCGACUAUUGAGAAUCUCGACACAGAAACUGCUAUUACUUACAACAAGAAGUUCCGCAAACAAUUGAAGAAACAAGCAGGUUUGUCUCAUUACGAACAGAACUUGAAAUACGAUCCAACUGUUUCCGUUUACAACCCAAGUAAAUUCUUGGGAUCUGUUUCCGACAAGUUUGAGGACGAGCUCGACAAGUUCAUUGAGGGAAACAAAGAGCUGUUUGUUUCAAGCAAAGACGCUAAGACUACUGGUGGUUUGACCCAAAAGAAGUUCAAGGCUUUGAUGCAAUUGAAAUACAUGAGAUCUUUGGUCAAUCCUGGAGAAGCUGUUGGUAUUGUUGCCUCGCAAUCUGUUGGUGAGCCAUCUACUCAGAUGACUUUGAACACAUUCCACUUUGCUGGUCACGGUGCUGCUAACGUUACUCUUGGUAUUCCGCGUUUGAGAGAAAUUGUUAUGACUGCAUCUGCCUCCAUCAAGACGCCGCAAAUGACAUUGCCUAUUUUGGACGAUGUUGACGACACUUCCGCCGACGCUUUCUGCAAAUCCAUCACCAAAAUCAACUUCUCCGAGGUGAUCAGCGAGGUUUCUGUGAUCGAGACCACUGGAUCCACCGGAGCCCAGGCCUCGAGAUCUUACGAGAUCAACAUGAAGUUCUUCGACUGUCAGGACUACCAGGAAGAGUACGAUAUCACGAAGGAGGAGCUGGAAGAGGUGAUCAAGACCAAGUUCAUCCAGGCUCUUGAAGCAGCUAUUGUGAAGGAGGUGAAGAAACAGAAGAAACAGAACUCCGAGUCUUUGCCGUCUGUUGGCAAGGCUGUUUCUCGUUCUCAGACCGAGAUGGCUGCCCAGACUUCGCAUGCAGCCGACGAAGACGACGAUGCCGACGACGACAAGCUCAGAAGUAACGCCAAACAGGCCGUUUCGUACGACGGUCCAGACGACGAAGAGGUGGAGACCAUGCGUCGUGCUGAAAAGUCUGACGACGAGUCUCUUUUGGAUGACAGCUCUUCUGAGUCAGAGUCAGAGUCAGAUUCAGAAGAUAAAAUGGACGUUGAUGUGGAGAAGUCCUCUUUGGUGAAACAGAGCAUGUCGCAGGCUGCUCGUGAAAGACAACAGGAGGUGAUUAUCAACCACAACUUCAUCAGUCAGUUCAACUACGACGACGAAAACGGAGCAUGGUGCGACUUCAAGCUGGAGCUGAGCGCCGAGACACAAAAAUUGUUGAUGGUGAACAUCAUCGAGACUGUUUGUAAGUCUGUUGUGGUGCGCGAAGUUGGUGGCAUUGGAAGAUGUCUUCAUCCAGAGCCAGAACAGGGCAAACGUAUUCUGGUGACGGAAGGAGUGAACUUUGCGGCCAUGUGGGAGCACGACGCGUUCAUCAACGUGAACGGAAUCCGGUCGAACGACGUUGCUGCUGUUCUGCGUACUUACGGAGUGGAAGCUGCCAGAAACACGAUUGUGAACGAAAUCAACAACGUUUUCGGUAGAUACGCCAUUUCUGUCUCGUCGAGACAUCUGGACCUGAUUGCCGACUACAUGACCAGAGAAGGAACCUACCUGGCUUUCAACAGACAGGGUAUCGACUCGUCCACGUCGUCGUUCACCAAGAUGUCUUACGAGACCACCUGUCAAUUCCUGACCAAAGCUGUUUUGGACAACGAUCGCGAGGAAUUGCAGUCGCCUUCUGCCCGGAUCGUCAUUGGAAAGCUCAACAACGUCGGAACAGGCAGCUUUGACGUGAUGACCAAGAUGCCACUAGCAUGA